AUGCCCAACCACGCCCAUCCCAGCUCCGUCUGCACAGGGUCUGGCAGCACCCUCCCUGUACUGCCUAAGGCCGUCUCCAAGUGCCGCACCCUUGAGGCGUUCAGCUCUGAGAUCAAGAUUGAGCUUGACUCACUGUCCCUGCCACACUCCUCACGCUCAUGGCUCGGGCCACAAUCUCCUGCAAUUGCACUGCCGCCACCCUGCUCCAACAUACCAACUGACCUUCCCAGCCUUGCUGACCUUUCACUUGCACUCCUUGACAGCGAGGUCGACGCAUUGGUUGGCGAGCCCGGCUUUGCCUAUGUUAACUGGGCCGGCGAGUACAUUACGCCCCCCCCUCCCCUCUCUAUUAUCUCAACCAAGACUAGGACUAGCAUCAAGAUUAUCAAUAGCAAGGGACACAUCGUUGCUGUGCUUGUCAGCAUGCCCAAGGACAUUUCAGGAUGGAAGCUUUCAAUGGAGCAGGCUGCGCUUGACAUCCAAGCAGAGCUUUCAGGCUGCAGCUUCAACCCUGCCAAUCUCCAUCAUUGCUGCGCUGCUGACCACAGGUAUGCAGCCUUGGCCAUGGGCGUCUCCUUUGGUGGGGGCCAGCGCCGGCCAGGCAAUCUCAAAAACAGCGGCGCCAAAGCCUAUACUGGCCAGCGCCUUCUCAAAAACAAACACGUUCUGCGGAUUGUUGGCUUCACAAAUUGUUUGUUGCCCCCUGCCACCUUUGGAUUGCUGCACUGA